AGUUGUCGUGCUACAUGGCUACCUCCCACGAUGAUAUGACGGAGGUGGGACUUCGUCUGGCUCGCACUCUCGCGAUUAGGGUCUCGGAACGCGGACUGAUAGAGAAGACAGGAAGGAAUGUUACGGGGGAGCAAGUCAAAGCUGUGCUGAUGGAGGAUCUUGGCUGGGUGGACGAAGAGGACCUCCGAUCCCAUGGGUCGGAUGAGGAGGUCGUCCGCUUGAUAAACGAGAUCAACAAACCGCUGACUAUUCCGGAUGAAAGUGAAUAUGAUAUCACAGUGGCUAUCCGGAAGGGCCAGGAUUGGACUUCAACGUCGAGCUCGAGGACUGUCACUAGAACAGGGGAUCGGCUACCGGAUCGUCUACCACCGUUGGUGAAAAAGCCGCGGAUCGAGUCUCCUUAUAGGGAAGUUGUAGAACUUGUUCGCGAUGCUUUUUGCGGAUCGGACCGGGUUGAUGUCACUGAAGCAAGCCAGAGUAUGGUGCUCAUGCAGCUGAAGGCCCUCAAGCAUCCCGAUCCGUACAUACGGCAUAUCAUUCGUGAUCUGGCCUCAUCGGUCCAGUCUAAUCAGCGGUGUGGACCUCUGAAUCUGCUCCUAGGGCAUCUCAGGUUGGUACACACUCUUACGGCGAAGGUAGUCCAGGUGGAGAAGGACUGUGCUGAUGCUGCAUGGAAGUGCUUCAUAGCUAUAUGCACCUCGCUCUGCGUCUCUCAGUCCGUCCUAGUGGAAUCAACGGUUGCUGAACAGUUUCAUCUCCGUGGCGGUGCGGCGAUGCUCCUCCAUUUUAUUCUCAGCAAGAAACUAGCUUCACAGCGGCUCACUGACCUCUACCUUUCGGGCAUAGCACAAGUGCUCCUCUCUGCUUUGCGGGGACUUGCUACCAGUGACUUGUCGGACUCCAAAGUCGUCUUGCAAAGGAUGGGUGUGUGUUAUGGCUCUAUGGAGUUCCUCAUGACUUGCGGUCUAACGCUGGAUCCGGGCGCCAUAGGGUUGGUGGAAAAAGUCCUGAGGCGUCUCGAUGGUGCUGAUCCUGAACUCGCACAAGCGGCGUUCGUUCUUCGAUAUGAGGUAGCGUGGAGGACUCAAGCACCAUUUGGGAAAAGGAAGCUACCAGUACCUGCAGUGCCUUCUCGGAUGGCGUCGACAAAUCCGGGCGAGGUGCUCAUUUGAAUUUUCCAAUU